UUAUGACAUCAUGCUGAGUGCUAACAAAACUAGGACAAGAUAAGAUUUUGAUCACUUAACAACUGGAAUAGAUACCUAAAACAAAAGAUGGAAUCUGAAAGCAUUAGAUCUAUUUAUUCUAGAAAUCAUUCUAGACAUCUUAUGAGGGUUACUAUACAGUUGUGUUUGAUUCAGUUCAUUGCCAUGAUUGUUCUUGCGAUUAUAAUUUUUGUAUUACUGCUUGUAACGAUAAGUUUAAUACCUAAUUCAACUGGAAAAAACCCUGACUUUCAUUCUCUUGAAAUUGAAAUUGGUGAUAAACUAGGCAACAGCUCUUUGCUUGUACCAAUCAGGUCACAAACGUCAUCAACAGUAACAUUUUAUUCAAAUGAAGAACCAUAUACUAUCCUGUUAUCCAAUGAUAUUCCAUCAACUAUCACAGACUACCUUCCACUGCAGCAACUACCCUUGCUGUCAGAGCGAUCAAAGUCUGUAUACAGAGGAGAUUUUAAUUACCUUGAAAGUAAUGAGCCUAUUUAUUUGCUCUCUGGGUCUUCAAUUAUGUACAACAUAACGAUAAUUUUGACAAGAAGUAUUAGCAUUGUUUAUCCAGCUUGCCUCUAUCUUUUUACAAAUGAAACAUGUUACAACGAUUUUCUGAUGCUAAUACAAAAUAAUGUUACAUAUAAUGAUUCGCAUUGUUUUUUUAUACCAGAAGUGACACAGGAAAGAACAACUAAAACCGUUUCACAUUCCUUUAACAUAAAAAAUCCUGGAGUGUAUUAUGUUGGUAUACAGUUACAGAGUGGUGUUACUGUACAAGCCAAUGCUUCUGUUGUACAAGUAUAUUAUAAUACUACUGGACUUCAAAAGCAAACCAAUUGUAGUAGUGUCUUGAUCUGUUCAGUUGAUGUAUGCAAAACAAGUUGUAGUCAUGAAACAACUACUUAUUUUCUUGUCAAACCAGUAAAUAAAACUUCUAUUCACUAUAACUCUACAAGUCUACAAGUUACAAAUGAAUUAAGCUCCAGUAGUGUUAUUGUAGUUAUAACAUUAACCAUAAUUAUGAUAUUGGUCACUCUGGUUUGUUUUUGUAUGUGCCACAAUAGAAAAAGACUUUCUAACUGUAUUCAUAACAUUAGCUCUAAAUUGAAAAGCAUGAGAGUAAACUUAACUUGUUUGCAAUGCUUAAGAAAUAGAGCUUCAACAUCCCAAAGACUUUCCUCCUCAGUACAAUUUAUUGAUCUGCUCUCUACUGAAAAUCAACCAUCAGAUGAUGAGUCUACUACUUCAACCAGUUCAAUGCAUGCAUUAAUAGAACCAAUUGCACAGAGAAAUGCAUGUCAAUUACCAAUUGUUGAAGUACAAGCAGGUCUAGUACAAACUGUAUUGCUAGAGUCAUGUGAAAAUGAUGUUCCAACAUUACCUGUGCCUCAAAUUGAUAUGGAAUCUGUGAUGGAACCAAUGUAUUGGAAAACUAGUGACCAAAUGUUUAACAGUUAUAUAGUCAAUGAUAGGCUACUUAUAAAAAUGAAAAAUGCAUUUGGUGAGCUACAAAAGCUAUCAUUAGACAGGAGUGGUUUAGUGUAUCACUGUAGUCAGUAUGGAGUGACUCUCAUUAUUCCAGAGGGAGCAGUACAAGAGUCAGCUACUGUAUGGUUUGGAGUAUGUCUCUUCAGUGAUAAGUUUAAGUUUGGUGAUUAUGUACCAGUCACUCCUAUUGUAUGGGUACACAUUGACCAAAAGCUGGAUAAAAGUGCAGAACUGUACAUUCCACAUCAUAUUGCUAUUUCCAGUGAAGUUAAUCUACAGCAAUUCACAGUAUUAACAGCUCGUGAUGAUGACUGCUCUGAUGUUAUAACUUUCCAGGAAAGUUAUGGAAUACAAGUUCAAGUUUCACCUGGGUUAUUUAAAAUUUUGUCCUCUCACUUUUGUUCUAACUGUGUUGCUAUCCAGAAGCGAAAAUACAAAUCCAUACCCAGGAGGUAUUUGAUAGCACGAGCUGAUAAGAAAAAUGGAAGGGAAUUAUUAGUACAAUUUAUUUUUCUAUGCCAACAAAAAGGCUGCAAGAAGGUUGUUGAAGAGCAGUGUGCUAAAGAAGGAUUUAAAAUAUCAUUUUAUGAACCAGUCACAUUUACUGGUGAUGGUCAAGUAUCACUAUCUUUUGAGCCACAUAGUGUCCCUGGUUGGAAAAGAGAAGAAGUCGGGUUUUCCAAAGACUAUAUUUCUAUUCAAGAUAUCGAUUAUUAUCAAAUGAUGGGAUGUGAAAAUGCUGCAGAAGUGACUGAAGAUGAACUUGAACGACUCGAAAUGCUGGAAGAUCUUCUCUCUUAUCCUCCUCGUUUCAGAAUACAGUUUACAUCAGAUGCAGUAGUUGAAAGAAGUGAAAAAGUGAUAGUUCGAUUCAAUCAAGUUUAUCCUCCUGUAAAAAAUACAAUCCUGUUAGAAGGUUCUCUAGAAUUACCUCUUUCUCCAGCUUCAUCUGCAAGUAGUACUAGAUCUGGUAUUGAUCUAAUGACAUAUGCAAGUGAUUUAUUGUUUGGAGAUUGUCUUAGCAUUAUUACAAGUGAAAGAGGUCUAAGAGAAAGAUGGUUCGACUUUGGAUACAGAUUAGGUCUUACCCUUGGUCAGCUGCAGGACAUUGAACUAACAAGCACUAAUUCUGUUCAACCAAUCAGGAAAGUUAUAAUACAGUGGAGAGAUCAGAAUAGAUCAGAAUCGUGGGAGCCUUUAGCAGCAGCUUUGGUCAAGAUUGGUUUUGAAGAUUUAGCACACAGAGUCAAAGAUCAUUUUGAAUCUCCUUCUACACCUGAACCAGAACCUGAAGAUAAAGAAGACCAUUAUAAGGGAGUUUACUGUAAGCUCUGUAAUAAAUAUCAUCUUAAUUUUGAGGACAUUCAACACAAAAUACCAAAAGCUGAUUCUCCUCCUGAUAUGGUUGAUCUUAUUAACUUGGUAGCUGUGAAGAUUCAAGACAAGUUUUAUGAAUUUGGAACAGCACUUCAUUUGGAUGAUGGUUUCUUGAGGAGUCUUUAUGUCGAUUAUCACGAUUCUUUGGUAAGGUUCAUUGUGAUUCUGAACAGAUGGAAAGAUAAUGGUCCUGAUGCAUACACAUGGAGUACUGUCAUUAAGGUACUUCAGUCUGAUGCUAUUGGAGCUAGCAAAGUAGCUCAGAAUGUCAUGAAGCAUCUUACCACUAAUACAGAGGCAGCAGAGUAUGCUUCCAGUUAAUA